AUGGAACGCCUUUAUAUCCCCAUCCACUUCAUCGUAUUCUUCUUCAAGCCGGUCAACUUAGGUUGCAAGGCGUACGACACUAUCGUUCUAUGCGUUCGGUUCAUUCGACCAUUGCUCAUCCCGCUCGAAUACCUCGCAGCCAAGUUUUCGGGGGAGGCCAGCCGGCAGAAGGCUCUUGGGCAUCCAAAUCCAAAUCCUCUCCACCUAGUAAUCGACGUAAAAGAGGAUGUCAACGGCACUACCUACGACAGGGCUGUGCGCAAAUACCUCGCCGGAGGGCCUCCGUCGUGCCUUUCUGGACAACCCCACGGUGCACAAGCCAACACGGAUCAAGGGAACGCCAAACCAGAAACUGCAACUGAACCAGAAACGGAAUCUCAACCAGAGCUGACGCAGAUAGGUCAAUCAACGAAGUGUGUGCCUGUCUCCGGCGGCGAAGUCAUCGCAAUGUAUCACAACGCCCAUGCCUUCUUAGGCCUUCCCGAACCCUAUAUGCACUCGAGUACCGGGGGUAAUCCAGCUGCUGCGCGAAGCUGUAGCGUUCUUCCCAACGUCACGGCCGCACAUUCGCAGCUGGGCUUGCAUACCACUUUAUUCUCGUCGCCUGUUGCAACGAGAUCAUCGAUCAGCGUCAACCGCCACCGCAAGAGUCUCAUCACUGGCGGCGGGAAUCCUAGCACACAAAUCAUAUAUGCUUCAAGUUCUACGCCCAAUCUCCAUAUUCAACCCGGUGUCGCACAGCGCGAGAUGCAUACACUUGUUACUCAUCCUCAGCAUCAUCAGAUGGGGCGUUUGUCCGUACCAACUCGAGAGACUCGGAGGAGCACUGAGCAGGGAUACUCAGUGUCUGAUUCUGAUGAGAACGGCCCAGCUGCGAUUAUCCACGAUGAGAACGAUGACGACGACAAUAGAAGCUACAGCCAAACUGCCGUCAUCUCUAUCCACUCUCCUAGCACCAGCACUCUUCGAACUACUUUAGGUACUGAUGAUGACGGGCCCUUCCUCGCGGACCCACGAAUUACGCCCGUCAUGCCGGAGAGUACCCAGCGAUAUUCGAAACGAGGAGUUAUAUCACGCGAACAUACGAACAUUUCUAUUGCUCCUUUGACACUGGCUUUUCGCGAACCUGUUGCUCCAUCUGGCUGGGUCAAGAUGGUCCAUCCAGAAGGUGGAAGAUACUACUACCAUCCAGAAAAGUGCGUGUACACGGAUGCUGAUCUGCUCGACGGCCGAAUUCUAGUCCAGUUAAUUGAGGACUUGGAGACAAUUCAACAAUUCAUUUUGAACCACAAUCUAUCCUUGCCUGAGGGCUGCCAUCUUGUUGUUGACCUCUCCUAUGAGCUUGAUGAGAUCAAAACCACCUACUUCUUUGUUGACCAUCACACACGGUCAAUUUUCUUCUUGGACAUCUUUGAAGCUCAGAAUCUCUCCGGCUGGUAUGAAGCCCCUGGUAGUACUUCUCAAAGUCAUCUGCGCUUGGAGAUAGAAGCACAAUACUGGUUUUUUGUCCAGCUCUAUCCUGACAGUCUGUCCUUGUCUUUGGCACUAAUUUGCGAGCUGCGUGAUAUAGUGAUGCACUAUGUUGGAGAUGUGAUGACGUCUCCAUCCUCGACUACGCCAUUUUCUGCAGACAAACUUGACAAAAUCCUCUCCCAUACCAAUAUGAUGGAAGGAAAUGUGGGUCCUGGUUUGGCUGCCGUCGGCAACAUGAGCUGCCUUGCACGAUAUUUCUACCUGUUCAGUCACACCAAGUUCAUCCACUUCGCGGGAGAGCCAAAUGCUCGUCUAGACCGGAACACCUCCGCAUAUGGAGAACAUACACAAUCUCGCACCUGGUUCAUCAAGAUAGCUUCAUCUCUGCUCUUCUAUGGACCCGAUUACUAUCUCCAGACCAUCCAAAGCAUCUGGGUUGAUAGGAUAUGCCAUAAGAAUGAAUGGGAUGUCGUUAUCUCUAAGGUAAACGAGGAGUGGAAAGAAGUUGUGUUAUUCUCUGUCAUUUUACUGAAUGCGAAUGGGGUCUUCAUCUCCACCCAAGAUGUACAUGUCUCUACAACCGCAAGGGACGUUGGCUACAUUUCAGUGGCGGCGUCGAUUGGAAGCCUUGCGGCAGCCCUCCUCCUGACGACCAAAACUCGCAGGAAUAAUCUAAGGGCAGCAGAGGAUGUGCAAUCCUUCCUGUCAGCAAACAACAACACACGAUUUGGCCUUGAAGCACUCUCUACAAUAUGCGCCCUUCCACACGCACUUUUGACAUGGGGGUCAGUGUUCCUAGCUUUGGCCUCGUCUAUAUGUGUUAGGCUAACAUCCCAUCCUGAAUCCUCGCUUCCAGAAUCUUGA